AUGGCUGAAAUAGUGAAGAUGGGCAGGCCUCAAGCUAAGGUUGGGAGCAGAUCUGUUGCAAGUAGCACUGCCAUGCCAGCCAUUGGUGAUUCAGUCAUUUCCAAUAUACCAAAUCUUGCGCCCAAGGAAUACAACAGAACUGUUUUUACAUCAGAAGUAGGCCAUGGUGCAGCAGAUAAAUUGCCAAAUGGUGCUGUUGAGGUGCACUCUGUACCUAAAGAUGCUUCCUCACUUGAUAUGUUACCUUCAGCAGAGGGAACAGAUGUUGAAGCCCUUUCCACGAGUUCUAACGCGCAAGGUUCAUCAACGCCAGAUGCCAAUGAAGAUGACAUUGAAAAAGACGCAAAUUUGGAAGAGGGCAAUACAGAAAGCUUGACAACUCCUGGACUAAGUUUCUGCUUCUGUCAUCUGGAUGAAGGCUCGAUAGAGAAAACAGACGACUUUCAGCUCAAUGGCCUUUCAUUUGAGCAAACCAAAGUUUCAAACGCUGAUUGUGCACACUUGACAUUUGGUAGUUUUGUGUCUGGAACACUUGAUGCAUCCUUGACAACAAAACCUCUUGAUAGUCAUGGGGAUGUUGCGACAGUUCCUGAUGAUUCAAUUGACCAAUCAGAUAGCAGAAUCCAUGAUGACGAAAGCAAGGUGACAUUAGCUCCUCCUGCUAAUGAAUACGCUCCUCCUGCUAAUGAAUAUGUUACUUCUGCGGCAAACAGCAAUGUGGAGAAUCUUGAUAUCACAUCAGUACAGCAAUCUGAAAGAGCCAAUUUCCUGGAUGUCACGAGCAAUACUGAAUACAACCUAUCAUCAACCCCAGAUUAUGCAACUUCAGCAAAAAUACAAAAUGGUCUCCUGUCACCAGCAAUCCCACCAUUGCGCGAAUUUGAUCCAGCAUUCUCACUAUUGCUCACUAAUCCUCCUAUGAUGCCUGGUGCAAUGUCGUCAUCCAUGAGCAAUGCAACUGUUUCUACGCAGCCCCAAGAGGUUGUCAAUAGUCCUAAGAUUUGCAUUGGUGGAACAUUUGCAGUUUAUGAAUGCCAAUCCAGUUGGUUUACCCAAUUGACUCAAUCUCAUCCAAGCUCCAGCAUUGCUUCAGGGCCUCCACUCCCUCAGCAUCUUCUUCAUCCCUAUGCUCAAGCAACCCUUCCUCUUGGAUACGCAAGCAUGAUUGGCUAUCCAUCUCUUCCACCAAGCUAUGCAUAUCUCCCACCUGCUGGUUUUCAGCAACCAUACAUGAACAGUGGCUUGUUCCACCAAGCAGCAGCUGCAGUUCCCAACUCAAGUGUGAAAUACCCUCUACCACAGUACAAAAGCAACAUUGCCCUUGCUAGCUUACCACAGCCAGGCUCUUUGCUCUCGAGCUAUGUUGGAGGCUUUGGAACUGCAAACAACAUGCCCGGAAAUUUCCCUCUAAACCAAAGCACAACAUCAGCAACCACAACUCUUGGGUUUGAUGGGACGGUCCCUUCACAUUUCAAAGAUGGAAAUCAGUUUAUUUCCCUUCAGCAGAAUGAAAACCCGGCAAUGUGGAUGCAUGGAGCUGGUUCACGAGGAAUGCCCCCACUUGCAGCCAGUACCAUGUAUGGCUAUCAAGGGCAGAGUCAUCAGGCUGGCCUUCGGCAGGGCCAGCUACCUUCACAAUUUGGCUCUGCGCUUGGGCAGUCACAGCCAGGCCUGGGCCCUGAACACCGAAACCCUAGCGAUGGUAACCUAAGUGGUGCUGCUCAGGCUAACCAAAUGUGGCCAAAUAGCUACUGA